GGGGCUCGGCGCUCUAGGCUGCUGCCUGGGAGGGAGGCCGGGCAGGCGGCGGAGCGGCGCGGCUCUCAACCUGACUGGAGAAGUGGCCCGGGUGGCCGUGACUGACUGGCCCAGGGCGGACGGACGGACGGACGACGGAAGCGGGGGCCGGGAGCCGCGCCGGUCGAUUUGGAGAGCGAGUGGGUCAGGCUCAGCGGCGGCCAGUCUGUUGGUUCGCUGAAUGAAGUGCCCGCCCCGCUGAGCCCGGAGCCCGGCGCUUUCCCCGCAAGAUGGACGGUUUCGCCGGCAGCCUGGAUGAUAGUAUUUCUGCUGCAAGUACUUCGGAUGUUCAAGAUCGCCUCUCAGCUCUUGAAUUACGAGUUCAACAACAAGAAGAUGAAAUCACUGUGCUAAAGGCAGCUCUUGCUGAUGUUUUGAGGCGUCUUGCAAUCUCUGAAGAUCAUGUGGCCUCAGUGAAAAAAUCAGUCCCGAGUAAAGGCCAACCAAGCCUUCGAGAAGCUAUUUCCAUGUCCUGUAUAACCAAUGGAAGUGGUACGAACAGAAAAACAAGUCACACCAGUUCUGUUUCAAUUGCAAGAAAAGAAACUCUCUCAUCUGCUGCUAAAAGGUUUUCAUUGCCCUCCACCCCCAGCUUCCUAGAUGGCAACGUGCAUUUGAGUGGUACAGAAAAAAAGAAAGAAAAACCACAAGGACAGAGAGAAAAAAAAGAGGAAUCUCAUUCUAAUGAUCAAAGUCCACAAAUUCGAGCAUCACCUUCUCCCCAGUCCUCUUCACAGCCUCUCCAAAUACACAGACAAACUCCAGAAAGCAAGAAUUCUACUCCCACCAAAAGCAUCAAACGAACACCAACAGCUGAAAAGUCACAUAAUUCAUGGGAAAAUUCAGAUGAUAGUCGUAAUAAAUUAUUGAGAACAGCUUCAACAUCAAAACUGAUAUCAAAAGUUAUUAAAAAUACCGACAAGCAUAAAGAUGUCAUCAUCAAUCAAGCAAAAAUGUCAACCCGUGAAAAAAACAGCCAAGAAGGAGAAUAUAUUAAAAUGUUUAUGCGAGGUCGGCCGAUUACGAUGUUCAUUCCUUCUGAUGUUGACAACUACGAUGACAUCAGAACAGAACUUCCUCCUGAGAAGCUGAAACUGGAGUGGGUAUAUGGUUAUCGAGGAAAGGACUGUCGAGCUAAUGUUUACCUUCUUCCUACGGGGGAAAUAGUUUACUUCAUUGCAUCAGUGGUAGUACUAUUUAAUUAUGAAGAGAGAACUCAACGACACUACCUGGGUCAUACAGAUUGUGUGAAAUGCCUUGCUAUUCAUCCUGACAAAAUUAGAAUCGCAACUGGACAGAUAGCUGGAGUGGAUAAAGAUGGAAGGCCCCUGCAACCUCAUGUCAGAGUGUGGGAUUCAGUUAGUCUAUCUACGCUGCAAAUUAUUGGACUUGGAACUUUCGAGCGUGGAGUAGGAUGCCUGGAUUUUUCAAAAGCAGAUUCAGGUGUCCAUUUAUGUGUUAUUGAUGAUUCCAAUGAGCAUAUGCUUACUGUUUGGGACUGGCAGAAAAAAUCUAAAGGAGCAGAAAUAAAGACAACAAAUGAGGUUGUUUUGGCUGUGGAGUUCCACCCAACAGAUGCAAAUACCAUAAUAACAUGUGGUAAAUCUCAUAUUUUUUUCUGGACAUGGAGUGGCAAUUCACUAACAAGAAAACAGGGAAUUUUUGGGAAAUAUGAAAAACCAAAAUUUGUACAGUGUUUAGCAUUCUUGGGGAAUGGAGAUGUUCUUACCGGAGACUCAGGUGGAGUCAUGCUUAUAUGGAAUAAAACUACUGUAGAGCCCACUCCUGGGAAAGGACCUAAAGGUGUAUAUCAAAUCAGCAAACAAAUCAAAGCUCAUGAUGGCAGUGUGUUCACACUUUGUCAGAUGAGAAAUGGUAUGUUAUUAACUGGAGGAGGGAAAGACAGAAAAAUAAUUCUGUGGGAUCAUGAUCUGAAUGCUGAAAGAGAAAUAGAGGUUCCUGAUCAGUAUGGCACAAUCAGAGCUGUAGCAGAAGGAAAGGCAGAUCAAUUUUUAGUAGGCACAUCACGAAACUUUAUUUUACGGGGAACAUUUAAUGAUGGCUUCCAAAUAGAAGUACAGGGUCAUACAGAUGAACUCUGGGGUCUUGCCACACAUCCCUUCAAAGAUUUGCUCUUGACCUGUGCUCAAGACAGGCAGGUGUGCAUGUGGAACUCAGUGGAACACAAGCUGGAAUGGACCAGACUUGUAGACGAACCAGGACACUGUGCAGAUUUUCAUCCAAGUGGCACAGUGGUGGCCAUAGGAACGCACUCAGGCAGGUGGUUUGUUCUGGAUGCAGAAACCAGAGAUCUAGUUUCUAUCCACACUGAUGGAAAUGAACAGCUCUCUGUGAUGCGCUACUCAGUUGAUGGUACCUUCCUGGCUGUAGGAUCUCACGACAACUUUAUUUACCUCUAUGUAGUCUCAGAAAAUGGGAGAAAAUAUAGCAGAUAUGGAAAGUGCACUGGACAUUCCAGCUACAUCACACACCUUGAUUGGUCACCGGACAACAAGCAUAUAAUGUCUAACUCGGGAGACUAUGAGAUAUUGUACUGGGACAUUGAAAGUGGCUGCAAACUAAUCAGGAAUCGCUCGGAUUGUAAGGACAUAGAUUGGACGACGUAUACCUGUGUGCUAGGCUUUCAAGUCUUUGGUGUCUGGCCAGAAGGAUCAGAUGGGACAGACAUAAAUGCACUGGUGCGAUCCCACAAGAGAAAGGUGAUAGCUGUUGCAGAUGACUUUUGUAAAGUCCAUCUGUUUCAGUAUCCCUGCUCCAAAGCAAAGGCUCCCAGUCACAAGUACAGUGCCCACAGCAGCCAUGUCACCAAUGUCAGUUUUACUCAUAAUGACAGUCAUCUGAUAUCAACUGGUGGAAAAGACAUGAGCAUCAUUCAGUGGAAACUUGUGGAAAAGUUAUCUUUGCCUCAGAAUGAGAUUACAACAGAUACUACUAUAACCAAAGCCCCCAUCUCUUCCAUUGAAAAUACCAUCCAGUCUAAUACUCCUACACCGCCUCCCUCCCAGCCCUUAAAUGAGACUGCUGAAGAAGAAAGUAGAAUAAGCAGUUCCCCCACACUUCUGGAGAAUAGCCUGGAACAGAUGAUGGAGCCAGGCGAAGACCACAGUGAGGAACAGAGUGAGGAGGGCAGCGAGGACCUCGGUGAGCCUAUUUACGAAGAACCAGCCAUCGAGGUGAGCGGAAAGCAGAGUGGAGCUACUCUUCCUGAGGGCCAGCAAGACACUCCCUCCCUGUCCUGAGACCCAGUCCUCAGUGCAGUUGUUUUCUCCUUCAGCUGCAUGUGAUUUUGUGGUAAAGUUCAGAUAAUAGGAUGGAGAAUCACUGUUGAUCAAGAUUGUGUUUUCUGCAUAAUCUGUUUUCUUCAAUAGUCUUAUAUUUCAGUCUCUCAAAUGCAGUCAGCCUAAAGGUUCAGUUUGGUAUGCAUUUAAAAUUAACCAAACCUAAUAGUAUAAAGACUGAAACAUUUAUCAUGUCUCUGAAAUCACUGUGUAUGUGAUAGGAUGUAAAUACUGGAAACAGGAAAUAACAGUUGUAUUGAUUGAAAAUAAACCCUCUUGUUAUCUGAACGUGUUUUCUUCAGGAACAACCAGAGGCAUCACAAACACUGUUACGCAUCUACUGGCUUAGAUUGCCACUUUUCUUCCUGACUUAGAAAAAGAAACUGGGGAAAACAAUGUGCUCUUAUUGAGAUAUCCUCCCACCCCAAAUGUCAAAUGGAAAUUUUUUUAAUUAAGAAAAACUUCAGUAUUGCCAAGUGCAAUGGUGUUGCCUUCUUGAAUAAUAAUGCCUCUUCUUACACUACCAGUAGAUGUCCAGAUGUGCUUGUUAGUCUACUAUAUAGGUGCUGCCUUUUCUAAGUUAUAACAAGGAAUAGUCCUUCAUUUCUUGUGUGCAAAUCUAUUUUAUCCUAGAACUGAGAAAGCAUUAGUUUGUUGAAGAGCUUUUAAUGUAUAUUAAACCACUGAUGCUCAGAAAUGGUGGAUUCUUCCAAGGAGUCCUUUGCUGGCCUAAACAUUCUCUAACAUUUGCCAUUCGAGUGAAUGGAAGAAGAAAAACCACAUGCCUUUAAAACUAAACUGUAAUAAUUAGCUGGCUAAUUUUAGUUUAGCCUUCAUUGUCAUUUGUUCCCUCAAAAGGAGAAAUAUAAACACAGUAAGUUUAAGUGAUUCAAUUGGUGCUUGAAAUUCAUUGGUUGUAAUUUUUAUAUAAAUUAAUUAUACUGAUAGGAUAUUCAUCAAAUUGAAAAUUCUUUUUUACAGAAUUGUGAAUAACAGUCACAGUAAUUUUUUAUAAAUUACAUACUUAAAAGAUUUGCCGUAUGUGGUGAUUUUUUUUUUUCUGAUGGAGUUGCUAUAAGCUUUGCAAAUCAAAUGUGGCUGUUUUAUGCAAUGCAUGUAUUAUUAUGCGUUGAAAAGUUUUUUGUUUUUUGUUUUAAGUUUUGUCCGAAACUAUGUUUUUCUUAAGUACGUGUCUCCUACUUUAAAAUAAUUACUGACAGAUAUGCAUUUCCUAUAUGUUUGUUUAUACUUUGAUUACAAAUUUUUUUUUCUUAUUUUUUAACUUGCCACAUUGUUUUGAUAUUUUCUUGUUUUGUUUUUUUGGUUGGAUCGUGUUUAGAAACUUUGGAUGAGUUCAAAAGUCUUAAGUAUGCAAGCGUUUACGUGAUUGUGCCAUUCCAAAGUGCAUCAGAACUGUCAUUCCCUUCUUGUAUCUUCUCAGGAGUAAUACAUAUCAGGUAUUUCAUCAUCAUUUGGUAAUAUGAAAACUCCAGUGAACUCCCAAGGACACUUACGUUUAUAUUCACACGCUGUAUGGAAGGGUGUGGGUGUGUGAAGGGGCGAGUAGAGACAUUCUGUUAGCGUGUAGCUCUACGUAAGAAGAUGUGCACCACAUCACAAUACUCAGUGUAGGUCUCUCUGUGUAUAGAUAUAUGUCUGUGUGUAUCUCUUUCCUUUUGUUUACAACUGUUUUUUAAAAACCUCAAAGUAGUUCUCUACAAAACAAGAGAUGUAGAUUCUAAGUAACCUGACUUUUUUCGGUAUGUUCUGUAUGUAGUUACCAGAGAGCACCAGUAAGUAUCACCACCUGUUGGCAAUGAGAACUACACCGUCAGGUCAGCAUGUGCUGUUCUCUGUAAGAACAGGAAAUGAACAAAGUACCUGGGGGAUAUACUUCUCCAUGAAUAAGCAGGGAGUAUAUUUGGGGACAUCAGUCACCUUUGGAGUUGCCAUGUACAAUGAAAUUUAUAAUUGUGAUACUCUUGGGUGGUAGUUUCCAAAGACACUACUAAUGUGCAGAAAGCGUUCCGGCUAUCUAAUGCUGGCAACUACUGUUUAAUGGUCAGUUAAAUCUGUGAUAAUGGUUGGAAAUGGGUGGGAAUUAUGAAAUUGUAGAUGUUUUUAGAAAAACUUGUGAAUGAAAAUGAAUCCAAGUGUUUCAUGUGAAGAUGUUGAGCCAUUUCUAUCAUGCAUUCCUGUGUCAUGGCAGAAAAUUUUGAAGAUUAAAAAAUAAAAUAAUCAAAAUGUUU